UUAUCGUCCAAUAGGACUGUGGGGGAAAGACUACAUCUGCUCGGGCUGGGCUGAGUAAACACAUUUUAGCUACAGAAGUGGCACAUUUACAGAACAAAUCCUACAAGAAUUGGAAAUAAGAGCAAUAGAUUUCGACAUGUGGUUGAGUCUGCUGCUAGCUUUAGUAGUCACACAGACUGCUACGUCUAGAACCCGAGAAUGGGCUCAUCAUGGGGCUUCCAUGUUUGCUGAUCUCUCCCCUAAAGAAAUGAUGGCUGUAAGAGGUUAUCUCCACUCCUGCAGUGAGCUAGGCCUUAUUUCAUCAAAAGACAAGUCUCUUAAAAAGAACAGCAUCCUUCUGAUAGAACUACAUGUUCCUCAAAAGCAUGAGGCCCUCCGCGCACUAGACAGGGGGCAGGCAAAACCAACCCGUCGUGCUCGAGCAGUGAUACAAUUUGCUAACCAGGCCCAACCUAAUAUAACAGAAUACAUUGUUGGUCCAUUGCCUUUUCCAAAUUCCCAUCAGCUCAAGACCUUUAAAGGUAAUCGACCCAUCAACUUUGCGUCCAGGCCAAUCACAACUGUAGAAUAUGAGCAUUUAGAUAAAAUCUUAAAAAACGUUGGAAAGCAAGUAAAUAAAAUUCUGUAUGAGAGCAUAGGCUUUACAUAUGGAAACUGCACCGAUCGAUGCUUAACCUUCUCAGACAUUGCUCCUCGUGGACUUGAAGUGGGAGAGAGAAGAACGUGGAUCAUGCUGCAGAAAUUUGUCGAGGGGUUCUUCAUUCAUCCUGUGGGUUUUGAGAUUCUUAUCAACCACGUUGACUUGGAUCCAGAGAAAUGGACUGUGGAAAAAGUGUGGUACAAUGAACAAUACUUUGACAGCGUCGAGGAACUGGUGGAGAAGUACGAGAAGGGAGAAAUCUCUAAAAUCAAACUGCCUGAGCAUGAUGAAAAUGAUCUAUUUUCCACAUACAUUCCUCGAGGUCACAGCAACACUCGCACAGAUAUCCACGGACCAAAGUUUGUGGAGCCUCAAGGCCCGAGAUAUCAAGUCGAAAAAAACUUUGUGGAGUACGCUGGAUGGUCUUUUGCAUACCGUGUCCGCUCAUCAGCUGGUCUGCAGAUAUUUGACUUGCGUUUUAAUGGUGAGAGAAUUGCCUAUGAGAUCAGCCUGCAAGAAGCUAUCGCAUUCUACUCUGGGGACACACCAGCUGGAAUGCAAACAAAAUACAUAGAUGCUGGCUGGGCCAUGGGAACCUCAGAUUUUGAACUUGCACCAGGUAUCGACUGUCCUGAAAUCGCCACUUUUGUGGACCUGUACCAUUUCUACGAUACAGACAAACCUGUCAGAUAUAAGAAUGCAUUGUGUAUUUUUGAGAUGACAACAGGCAUGCCUCUUAGAAGACACUUUAACAGCAACUUCAAAGGAAGCUACAAUUUCUUUGGGGGUCUUGAAAACCAUGUACUUGUAAUAAGAACCACAUCCACUGUUUACAACUAUGACUACAUUUGGGACUUCCUGUUCUAUCAGAAUGGAGUAAUGGAGUCUCGAGUUAGUGCCACGGGGUACAUUCAUGCAACAUACUUUACAGAAAAUGGACUGAACUACGGAACCAAGGUUUACAACUAUGUUCUUGGAAAUAUACAUACACAUCUUGUUCAUUACAAAGUGGAUCUGGACAUUGCAGGGCGUGACAACAGUUUUGAGUCCAUAAACCUGAAAUAUGUCAACUUCACCAACCCUUGGAGUAAACAUCAUACCAUCAAACAAUCCACUCUCUCCAGGACGCAACAUGAAACAGAACGCAGUGCUGCCUUCCGCUUUGGAAAAAAAUUUCCUCGCUAUUUGCACUUCUACAACCCCAAUCAAAAGAACAAGUGGGGGCAUCAGAAGGGUUACCGCAUUCAGUUUAACUCACAUGCCCAUAGUGUACUGCCUCGGGGCUGGAGGGAGGAGAAUGGUAUUACAUGGUCAAGAUAUCCUCUGGCUGUAACUAGACAUAAGGAUAGUGAGUCCACCAGCAGUAGCAUAUAUACCCAGAAUGACCCAUGGGAACCUGUUGUUUCAUUUGAGGACUACAUCCGCAACAAUGAAAACAUUGUAAAUCAGGAUUUGGUUGCCUGGGUUACCGUGGGUUUCUUACACAUUCCUCAUUCAGAAGACAUUCCCAACACAGCAACCCCCGGAAACUCUGUAGGAUUCUUCCUACGUCCGUUUAACUUUUUCAAUGAAGACCCCUCACUGUCUUCUCUAAACACAGUCAUCGUGCGACCAGAUAAUGAGGGUAAACCAAAAGUUCAGAGAUGGACUCCAGAGAUUGUUGGUCACUGUGUCUCAGACAAGCCUUUCUUCUACAAUGGCACAUAUGGUGUAGUCUAGAAUCAUGUUGUAAAAAGUGUAUAUUAGUUUAGCUUGAAGGCAAAGCAAAACCUAAUAAGGAAUUGUACACUAGCUUUCCACAUUGCAUUCAAAUAUGCAACAUACUUAGAUAUAAAGACUCUAAACUAUUUGUGUAAAUAUAAAGGUUUGACACAACCUUAAUAUUGCCUUUUAUAAAUAUCUAUGUACUGCAAGCACUUCAGUUUUGAAGUAACCUUUUAAACUGUAUUAAAAUUUAUAUCGUGUCCAUUUCUGGCUUUUUAUUUUAUUUUUAACAUAAAACGAAAAUGGCUGGUUGCCAUUAAGUAAUUUUAUUUUUAAGUGGCUAUUUUGUUAAUUUUGGAUGUCAUAUAAAUGCCAAGCUCUUUAGAGAUAUCUCAUACUGAAAAAAAUAUAUGCGUAUCCAUGGUCUGGAUUUAUGUUCCAAGAACAUCCAGGAAGCAGGAUGCUCCAUCCGCCAGAUUAUGCAUCUCAGCAGUCCUAAGUAGCUGGAGUUUAGUCAAAGAAAAGGCUUCUUAGGCAAAUGAUCCUGAUCCCUCUCAGUAAACACUCUCACACUACAGAACUCACCUGCAGGGUCACCAGGGGUAACGUGUAAUGAGAAAAAGGAAGAAGGGGAAAGAGAGACUUUUUCUUGUUUGCAUCUUAUUUCACAAGAAUGAUACAAAACAAUACAAUAAACACAAGUUGAAGUGGUGUAUAAUUUAGUAUGAACAUUAAAUAUGUUUAAAGCAGUUUAGUGAUUAUCAAAUGAUAUAAACUAUAUACAUUAUAGCAUUAUAACUAUACUUAAAAUCAAUAAUAAAAAGCUUUAUUUAUAUAGUACUUUAUUUUCAUCGUAAAAUCUCAUUGUGUAAAAAGUAUUUUAAAUGUGCUUUACUAUUAAAUUACUGUAAAUUAGCCUAAUCUGCAUGUUUUUGAAUGCUGGGAGGAAACCGGAGUACGAGGAGGAGACCCACCAAGCAUGAGGAGAACAUGCAAACUCCACGUAUACAGACCUGAAGAUGGGACAUAAACCCUCAACCCUACUUAACAAAUAAACAAAUAUUCUCACUGGACACUUUAAUAAGAAUACCUGUAGACCUGAUUAUUCAAACAAUAAGGUAAUUUUUGUUUGUUUGUUUGUUUGUUUGUUUGUUUGUUUGUUUGUCAGUCAAACCAAUCCAUCUGGCACCAACCACCAUGUCACAGUCAAAGUCAAGGAGAUCACAUUUCUCCCCCAUUUGGAUGUUGACUGAGUCAAGCGCUCUACAUUAAUUGUAUAAUUUUAGUUAAAUGUGCACUGCUGCCGCCCUAAUUAGAAAACUGCAUAAAUGUUUAAAACAUGUUGUCAUCUGUCCUGUGUCAUUUCCUUAAUUUGCUUUUGAUUCUGUAAAGUUUCACUGCAACAAUGUUGCAAUAUGUAAAUAAGAGCUAUAUAAAUAAAAAUUGAAUUGAAUUGAA